AUGUUGAAAGAAAAGGAGUUACUUCGUCAUAGUAAUGGAGUUCGUGUUGAAGAAAAAGUAGCAAUUUUUAUGCUUGCUGUUGGACAUAAUGAACGUAACAGGAUACUUCAAGAGCGUUUUCAGCAUUCAGGUGAGACAAUUAGUAGACAUUUUAAUGCAGUCUUGGAUGUUAUUGUUGCAUUGGCAGAUGAUUUUCUUGUACCAGCAGGGCCUGAUACCCCCACUGAAAUCUUAGAAAACCCAAGAUUUUAUCCAUACUUCAAGGAUUGUAUAGGAGCCAUUGAUGGAACACAAAUACCAGCAAUGGUUGGUCUCGACGAACAAGUCCCUUUUUGGUGCAGAAAAGGGUUCAUUUCGCAAAAUGUUUUAGUAGCUUGUUCCUUUGACUUACAGUUUCAGUAUGUUCUAGCUGGUUGGGAAGGCUCGGCUGCUGAUUCACGCAUACUAGAUUCAGCUCUAACAAGAUGCGAUAGAUUAAUUGUGCUCGAAGGUAAAUUUUAUCUCGCUGAUGCAGGAUUCGCCAAGAUGCCGCAGUUUAUUACUCCAUAUCGUGGUGUCCCUUAUCACUUGAAGGAAUUUGGUGGAAAUCGUCCAAAAUAUGCAAAGGAAUUAUUCAAUCUCCGACAUGCAUCGUUACGGAAUGCAAUUGAACGUGCUAUCGGUAUACUUAAAAGACGCUUCACUAUUUUGCAACUGCAGCCUCAAUAUCCAUUCGAAUCACAAGUGAAAAUUGUACUUGCAUGUUGCAUCCUUCAUAACCACAUCCGCAGAGAGUGCAUUAAUGACUUGAUUUUCGAUGAUGAGAACUUACAAAACCUACUAGAAACCGAUCCAAGAAUUCAACAAGACAGUGAAUGCCCUACACUUGGGAGAAAUAGACAACGAGAAGUAGCUUCAGAACUUCGAACUUCAAUCGCAGAUGCAAUGUGGAAUGAUUAUCAGCGUCGCCGCCGCGGCUAA